UCGGGGGCGCGCAGGGCUGGGAGCCGGCGCCUGUAAACAGCGCGGGGAGUGAGUGAGAAGGGAGUGAGGGAGUGAGCGGCCGGUGUCCUUGUGUCGGGACAUCACCCACAGCCCCGCACUGUACACACACACACACACAGGCACAGGGCACCCUGCCUGCCUGCUGGAGAUGAGGAUUUAUGCUUUAUGAUUAGGCCAUGCAUCCAACAGAAGAUUUCAGUGAACAGAGCAUCUGCCAAGCACGUGCCUCUGUUAUGGUCUACGAUGAUUCAACCAAAAAAUGGAUCGCAGCCAAACCUGGGCAGCAAGGCUUCAGCAGAGUGAAUAUCUAUCAUAACACCUCCAAUAACACCUUCAGAGUGGUCGGCAUGAAGUUACAGGACCAGCAAGUGGUGAUAAAUUAUUCCAUCGUCAAGGGGCUGAAGUACAACCAAGCCACGCCUACGUUUCACCAAUGGCGCGAUGCCCGACAGGUCUACGGCUUGAACUUUGCCAGCAAGGAGGAAGCCACCACCUUCUCAAACGCAAUGGCUUAUGCUUUGAACGUGCUGGGGGCACAGGAGGGAGGUCCUACAGUGCAACGUCAGGUCCAGAAUGGACCACCCUCUGAAGAUCAGGAAGCGCAGCGGAGGCAGAUAAUGGAACAACGCCAUGAGCAGAUGGAGAGAGAUCGGCGAGCGUCCAUGUCUGCUGGCCCUGUUGGUCCAGGUGGGCCCCAGACACAGGUGACCUGCUCUCCACCCCCCCCUGCUGGUGGUCCUGCACCACCUCCACUUCUGCCGGGGCCACCACCAGCCUCUGCAGGUGGCCCUCCACCCCCUCCUCCACUGCCGGUUGGGGGAAGCGUUAGGGUGAGAGGUGACGAGGGUCACUCGGGGUCGGGGCUUGCCGCUGCGCUGGCGGGAGCCAAACUGAGGAGGACCAGCAGGCCUGAAGAAGGUUCCGGAAGUUCCAGUCCGGGGGGAGUCGCUAAAAGUGAGGCCAAUCGCAACAGCUGUGGAGGAGCACCAUCAGGAGGAGGGGGGGGCCUGAUGGAUGAGAUGAAUAAGCUGCUGGCAAGACGGAGGAAAGCUGCCCAACAAACCGAUAAACCAAGUGACAAAAAAGAAGAGGAUAGCCAGAAUGAGGACACAAGCCUCUCACCUUCAUCCAAUUCACGAGGACCCGGUUUGCAGAAUUCAACAGAUGCCGGGAAAAAGCCAUGGGAGAGGGCCAACUCUGUGGAAAAGACAGGAACUAUAUCAAGACUGAAGCCCGGGAGCAGCACCUCCAAUGACCUGGCCAACGAUGCCUUAGACUUUGAUCGGUUGAAGCAGGAAAUACUGGAUGAGGUUGUAAGGGAGUUGCAUAAAGUGAAAGAUGAGAUUAUAAAUGCCAUUAGACAAGAAUUGAGCAGAAUCAGUACGACAUAAUGAAUUUUGCACUUGAGGAUGGGGGAAGUCCUCGGAGGGAUGUGGGAAGAGGAGAGACAGCUGUGUGGAGGACAGUGUGGAAGAUGACUAGAAGCUA